AUGGUCACGCGAGUUGACGAUAUUCCUUCUGUGCAUGACGAUGGCAAUCAAACAUUCGACGAAAAUGUUCGCAUCAAACAAGCUCUCACACAAAUACCAAGGUGUGCUCCAGACGAUCAUGCUCGUCAUCUUGUUCUUCUCACUGUUCUUCGAGCAUGGGCUCAUUUUGCUUGUGAGCACAAUCUUCAAUACUGGAUAGCUUAUGGAACGCUCGUUGGCUAUGUUCAGCGACGUGGUUUAUUACCACAUGAUCCUGAUAUCGAUGUGUUAAUGAUGGCUCGUGAUACACCAAAACUUGUGGCCAUUGCUACUCUGCUCUAUUCAAACUUGACAUUGUUGAAUUCGAGCAUGUACAAACUUAAAGUACAUCCACAAUGGUACAUUGUUCAAUACUCCAAUCGAUCGUAUUUUCAUUCGCAAGGCAUUCAUUUCGUCGCACCCAAUGCACGAUUUGUUCAUCGAGAGAGAGCAUGCCACGUUGACAUUUACCCCACUUACGAUUAUCAUCCUGAUCAAUCAAAUAGUUCGACCAACACAUCAACAAUUCUUAGUGAAUAUGAUCGAAACUACUAUUGGAAACCUUAUCCGCGAAAGUGGACUUUUCCAUUACGUUCAUGUGAAUUUAGUGGAAUUCGAUUAUUGUGUCCGGCACAGCCAGAAAAACUUGUGGCUGCCUUCUAUGGACAAACAGCUUUAUUUCAAUCGGACAAGUCGUGUAUCAAAGGUAAAUGGACAAGAAAAAGAUAA